AUAUUUAAGUGACAUUACGGCAAUCACGAUUUGAAUUUUGCGAUUUUAAAAAUUUUUGUGAUAAAUAAAUUAAUUUAUGAUGUUAAGCCGUCAUUGUAUACAAUUUACAAAUACUGCUAGAGCAGUUUUGUAUAGCAAAACUCUUUUGAAUAGAAAAGUAUCGGAACCCCUAUAUUGUUGUUGCAACAAUGUUCAAAAAAGGUUACUGCGAAUAGAACGUAGCAGGCGUAAUAUUGAAAAAACUUUAGACUCAAACAAAAUAUUACAUGAUGGGAGCUUACCUAAGGAUGCCAAACGAAUUGAAAAAUAUUCUUUAAAUUCUGAAGAUUUGUUGGAAAAGUUAAUAGCUGGUUUAUCAGCUGAUAUAUAUCAAAAGAAUAGAGUGUAUAAAAAUGACUUGAUGAGAGUAAUUGAUAAAGUUAAGGAGUUAAAUUUUUCAAGCAAAAAACAACAAUUGCUUCUGAUUCGUUGUUGUUCAGAACUUCUUCCAGAUGAAACACCAGCUACUAGAAUGGCUUUAGUUAAGGAAGUUUGGAACACUAUCAGCUCUCAUGCAAGAUUUGAAGUUGAUCACUAUAAUGAAUUAUUAAGAGUAUAUAUAGCUAAUAACAGAACAAUAGUAGCGAGCACAUUUAUUAAUGAAAUGAAUCCUGUUAAACCAAACGAUACAACAUUUGAGCUUCUUCUAAAAGCUUUGAGUGAGGUUGGAAACAUUAACCAGACAACAGAAGUGCUGUCCAAUAUGAAAACUUUAGGUUUAUCAACCAAUGAGAACAUUUUCAAUUCACUCAUAAUUUGUCAUGGCAAAGCUGGGAAGCUAGAUGGCAUACAAGAGGUGUUAACAAUGAUGAGUUCAUUGAAAAUACCAAAAACAGUGGAUACAUAUACAGCACUAAUUAAAGCUUAUGCUUGGAAUAAGAAAAAUAACUUAGUCAUAGAACAAUUUAGAAAUGCUCUCGAUCAAGGAUUUGUUUUUGAAGAAUUUCACAUUAUGGAUGUUGUAAAGACAUUAGCUGCGGUUGAGAAUUAUGAAUUAGUACCAAAAGUAUUAAAAUAUCUACCAGAAGAAAUAUUAAAAACACCGUCCAUAUCAGCAUACAUGCAGAGUGUAUGUACGCAGCUAGUGUUUCAAAACCAUCCACUCGUAGCGUUGGAGAUAUACAAGUGUCUGCCGUUACCAUCAUUUGGGCCAAAAGAUGAUCAGGGCUUGCAUGGGAGGAGCUUAGUUCGGGAUUGUGUUAAAGCGUCAAUGCCUUCAAAUGUAAUAGCCCUAAUUACGCAAGAGCUCAUGUCAUCCGGUAGAAAUCCUUUAGCACUGCAAAAUGCCUCAGAAUGUGCCCUACAGUUGGGCAAAGUGCCCCUGGCUUUGGAUAUGUUUACAAGAAUGAAAAUAUUAGGCAUGCCCGUCCGCCCACAUUACUUUUGGCCUAUUUUAGUACACUCUUCUAAGACAUAUGGAGAGAAAGGUAUAAUGAACACAAUAUCAACAAUGGUGACCAUGGACGUCAAACCAGACUACGAGACGAUAAAGGAAUACGCUCUGCCAUUUGUCAGUUUCACUUCACCGCAGAAUUUAAUGAAGAAAUUCGUGGACACGGGUCUAUCGGUGGGCGUUGUGCUUACACCUAUGAUGGAGACAUUGCUUAGUACCGGACAGACGAGGGCUGCUAGCGAAAUAUGUGAAUUAUUCCUAGGCAAAGUAGAUGCAGAGCGUAUCAUAAAACCCCUUCACAAAUCUUAUCUAAUGAGUUCCGAUUUAAAAUCAACCAUUCAUAUAUUAGAGGAUAUGUCAAAUAGAGCUUUGGAUAAGAACAAGGAUUGGGUUGGGAGGUUCUUAUGCCAGUUUAUGAAGAGUAGACGGAUCAAGGAUGAUAUCAAUGAUGUGUUUCAAAUUGCGACGGCAUUAUCGUCUACAGACGUGAGAAUAUCAACAGCGGCAUCAGAUUUCUGCAUAUCGAACAUGCCAGAAGGUUAUAAAAAUGCUGAGGCGUUAAAGGAAAUUCUUAUAAAUAUAACGGACGAAAGAUUAGUUGACGAGGAAGAUAUGAUGGUGCAGAAUGCUAUGCAGCAUCCGAAACGUAUGAACGAAGGUUCGCUGCGAGCGCACUUGAACGAACUAGAGGCUAAGGGCAUGAACACACGGGGCGUUUUGCGGAAACUAUUGCAGCAGUACUGUAGGGAGGGUAAUUUAACCGCCGCACGGGAAAUCGCUGAUAAGUGUCAGAAGGAAGGGGUAUUCCUUUCAGCCGGUAUGAAAGCGGCCAUAUUCGAUUUACACGUCAAAAUGGGCGAACUAGACCUGGCCGAGCUAACUCUCGCGGAUUUAACCAAAUCCACACCUAACUUCGUGUUGGAUGAGUACAAAGUGAUCGACUUUGCGACGCUCAUGGUGUAUAGGAAUAAGAUCGAACAAGCUUUUAACUUGAUCAAGGAACAGUCUAAGAAACGUCGCGUAACCGGCGGGCAAAGCAUAUCAAUGAACUGCUGGCGUUUCCUGGACGCAGUAGCGGCACGCGGCAGUCCCGCACACGCGCGCACCGCACUGGAGCUGCUGCUCAGUUUGGGGUACUGCAAGCCGGGCAACGUGGUGCUGGGGCCCGUGGUGAGGGCGUGGCUGAAGAGUAACAACCAUCAAGAAGCGGUCAACGAAUUCGUCCGUCUAGCGAACAAAUACAACAAGACGCCGUUAAAACAUGAACUGCUAGUUACAAUACUACGUCACAUGGGGGAGGGGAAGUCGGAGGAUUUCUUCCUUGUUAGUGAAAAGUCGAAUGGGAGCUACAAUAAGAUGGUCCAGACUAUACUGAACACGUGCAAGAAAGUGCAUGGCGCUAGUGAUGUGCAGCUAACCCUCAUAGCGGCGCUCGCCGACGUGGGCUACAAGAAGACUCUACGCAAAUUAUUCCUCGACCCUUCAUUCCGUUUCCACCCGGAAGCCCUACUACGUCACUGUGAAAGAUUCGCCGACGAUAAGAAACUAGAUGCGUUGGAUGCGAUCGCAGAAUGUUCUAGAGGCGUGAGACACGUGGACACCGCUGAGAUAUACAGCCUUAUGUUGGAUGUUUAUCAAAGAGAUGACGAAUGUGACAAGGCACUUUCACUAUGGACUCGCAUGCAAGAAGCAGAAGUGAUUCCUUCACAGAAGUUUGUACGCAACCUCUGUUCCCUUUGCAAAGCUAACAAUAAAACAUUACCCCCCGAAUUAUUAGCGCUGUUGGAUAAACAGGCAAAAUCAGCGGCAGUAUAAGAGAUAACAAUGUAAGGAAAGUUAGAAAAAUUACUAGAGUAGUAUCUGUGAUAUUAUUUAUAAUUCUUAAUAUUAUAUUGUGUAAUUAAAAGUGUUCUGUAAGUAUUAGGUUUUUAAAUUCUAGUGUAAAUAAGUGAAAUAAAAAAUUGAAAAUA